AUGUGCGAGGCCGGCGAGCGCGUCACGGGAGAGCCACCGUCGCGGACGGAGAUUGUAGAUCGGUCGGCCGGUGACGACAGAGCGCAGCGCAGACGCGGAAAGCCGACGACACCGGUCGACGAGACGCACGACGAGGUCGGAGCGGACGACGAGCACCGACUCUUGAGCGCGGCGCACAGACAGAGAAACGAGACGGUCAAAACGCCGUCACUCAUCGCCGACAUAUACACACCGAUACACACAGACAUACACACCGUCAUACACACACACACAUGCACAGACAUACAAACAUUCACACAUACGGACACACAGACAUACCCACCCACACCGACACACAUUCAUACACGCAAUCGGGUGUCGUCGUGCACUCUCCUCGCCGACACUGACGACGGCGUAUCGAUUGUGACGUCACUGCUUGCGUUCCCACGAAGCGUCGUCGCUCCCCCGCUAAUUUCGAAUACACCGCGGCCUAGCAGGUGGUGCCAUUGUGCUAUCUCAUGA